AUGCGAAAUGCCAAACCUGUCAGUACUCCAUUGGCAGCUCACUUCAAACUCUCAUCCACUUUAUCUCCAAAUACAGAUGAUAAGAGUGACUAUAUGUCUCGAUUAGAAUAUACAUGGCAAAUCCUGGAGUUUAGUGGAUUUUCAGAUAUUUGCAUAGAUCUUCUGAUGUUUUUUUUACAAUUUGGGCAAAAUAGAGAUGGAGUGAUUGGGUAUGUUGAUUCUGGUUUUGCAGGAGACCAUGAUAAAAGGAGACAGACUGUUGAGGCAUCCAAUCCAGGAACGCCUAAUGCUAUGAACUCCUCAAAUUUCCAUGCAUGCAUAUGGAGAGAAUCAACUCAUCAUGUGGAAUCUUCUGAUUCUGAUCCUUGGAUUGAUAGUUCUACUUCUGAUGAUGAUUCAGAUACAGUGGACUUAGAAUGGUUUGCUGCUAAUGAUGGGCCAAUUGAUGCUAAGCCCAUUGGUGCUGGACUUGUUAACUUAGGCAACACAUGCUUUCUUAAUGCGGUAUUGCAAUGUUUCAUGCACACGGUGCUUUUGUUUGACCUCCUUCUGCGUAACACUCAUGUGCCAUGUGAUCGUUACGCUGAUUUCUGUUUAAUUUGCGUUUUCAAAGAGCUUAUUGGCAGUUCCUUGGCUUAUGAUGGUGGUUCUCUUUCGCCUUGGAAACUUGUCGACAAUUUGAGUUAUUUUUCGUCUGGUUUCCGUAAGUAUCAGCAAGAAGAUGCUCACGAAUUCUUGCAAUGCUUUCUCAAUAGGCUUGAAAGCCGAUGUAAUGACAUUGUCCAACAAGUUUUUGGCGGCCGGCUUGUCAGCAAGCUUCGCUGUUACAACUGCGGCCACUGCUCCAAUACUUACGAGCCUCUUAUAGAUGUGAUCUUGGAGAUCAAAGAUGCCGACAGCUUACAUUCAGUGUUGGAGUCGUUCACAAGAGUUGAGAAACUUGAUGAUCCAGAGAUCAAGUAUACUUGUGAAAGAUGUAAGGUGCAAGUCUCAAUUGAGAAGCAGCUGAUGCUAUACAAUGCCCCUUCGGUUGCUGUCUUUCAUUAUUGUGCAAAAGGUGGACAAGCAUGUUUCAUUUCCGAAGAAAUGAAGUACGAUCUUUAUGCAGUUAUAGUGCACGCCGGGUCUACAUCCAGUUCGGGACACUAUUACAGCUUCAUUUGUGCUGAACCCAAUGAAUGGUACAAAUUUGAUGACUCAACGAUUUCUCGGGUUCACGAAGAUCUUGUUUUGGCAGAAGAAGCAUAUAUUAUGUUUUAUACAAAGAGAGACACCCUGUGUGAAUCCAAUGCUUCUGCAAUCGACACAUCUUCGUCUGCUCCAAGACCAACUGGUGCAAUCAACUCUUCAGAUUUUCAUGAACUCACGAAGAUUGCGGAUAAUGAAUUGAAGAAGACUGUGCAAAUGUCUACUCUAGGAUCGCCUAGUGCUAUUAACUCUUCAAAAGAAAACAAUACUUCUCAGGACAUUGGUGUGACCGAAAGUGUUAGAAAAAUGCAUAAGAGCUACAGCAGUUAA